CCCUUCCCCGCUCUCUCUCUCUCUCUCUCUCCUCUCUCUCUCUCUCUCUCGCCUUCAGCUUUCUCUUCGAUCGGGAUCGUUUCGCCCUACGUACGUCUUCGUUCGGGAGCUCGACUCGAUUGCGAAUCUCUUCUCGCUGAGAGGUUUUCUUUUUGCGAUGGAGGUCGAAAUCCAGAAGAGGAACAUCGAUUGCGUCUACUUUUUAGCAUCUCCUUGUCACCUGCAAAGAAGGGGAGUGGAUGUGAGUAUCGCCAUAGUGAGAUUGCAAGACUCAAUCCUAGAGAUUGCCGGUACUGGUUGAAUGGAAAUUGUCUUAAUCCAAACUGUGCUUUUCGACACCCUCUGUUAGAAGGCCUAACAGAAACUCUAUCUGAGUCAGUUCCCUUACCAUCCUACAGAUCUGUCCCCACAAGCAAGUCAAAUGUUCCAUGCUACUUCUAUUUUAAUUCAUACUGCAUCAAAGGCGAUCAUUGCCCUUUCCUGCAUGACAUUUUGCCUGGUCAGAAAUUUCUGGCAACUUCUUCUGAAGCUGCCCCCUUCCAUCCAGUGGAACAGAAAACUUCUACUGAAAGUGAUACUGGACCAGCAUCACUGGAGAUGCCAGCAAAUCUGUCGGAGGACACGCCCGAGUUGAUCAAACAAUGCCUGUCUAAAGAGGCUUUCCAACAACCACCUCUGGAGGAACAGAGCCCCUCUGUAGAGUCAUCAGUUCCGGAGUCUAAGAAACCUGCUAUUAAGUUGUUGGACAAUCAGCUUCAUUCUGUGGAUUAUGUAAAUCUUGGCGCACAUCUUUGUCGAGAUCAGAGUUCUGAGGAGCUAGUGAAAGAAUGCGCUGAACAAGAUAAGUGGUGGGAAUCCUCCCCAGGAUUUGAUGUGCUUGUAGAUGAUGAAUCGGAGCAAUUAGCAUACGAGGAUAAUGCUGACUACCUGUUAGCUCAGGAAAAGGAGGCCAAUAUUCUUCAUGGUCAUCUACUCCAGCAUGAUUUUGAAAGUUCUACUGGAUAUGACCCUAGAGAUUACCCUGAUGUUGAGCAUACGUACGCGAAUGGCAUAUAUGACUCUUACGAUUAUCUGGACAGGUAUAAUCCUGAGUAUUUUGAAAGGACUCCUGACUACUCUAGGAAGAGGAUCCUGGAGCCAAUGUUCCAUCAGAGAAGGAAACUGCCUCAUAGGGAACAUGGAGUGGCUGCUAGUGAUGGUUUGGAUCUUCGGGACCACCUGAGGAAGCGCCGGAGGAUGGAUGUUUAUCAGUCUCUUUCUGAAUCUUGGAAUCUCCAUUCCAAUCGAAGAAGAGAUCACAACAGAAAACGACUUGGCUGGCAUGAGAUGGGCUGGUAUCCAGGCAGGUUAGCUUCUGAAGUGGGAAAAAACAUGACCAUCUCAUCACAGAGCAAGACUGUCUCUACAUCAAAUGAUCACCGCAGACAUGGUCGGUUAGGAGAAUAUCCAUGGUCUAAUAGGCAUUCUCGGUCAAGGCGAAAGGAGAGGGAGGCUAGAAGGAGGAAACAUCGGAAGCCUCUUCCCACCCUCUACUGUGAGAUUUCACAAGGCUCGGCUUCAAAGAAGGAGAAAUCCCAGCCAGUAAUGGCUGCUAAUUUCAGUGGACCAAAGACUCUUGCAGAGAUAAAAGAAGCGAAGAGCAGAGCCAAGGCAAAUGGUGAUGGCUCUGAAAGUUGCAUGCCUCAGCAUUCAAGGAGGCCCAAUUCUGAAGACUUUGAGGGCCCCAAACCCUUGAAUGAACUUCUCAAGGACAAGAGAAGACCUUUAUCAAUUGGUGGCAAUAUAAACUGCCCAAUCAAUCCAACAGCCAAGCAGCAACCUGAACAUAUGGUUUAUCAGGUUGAGAGGGGAGUUAGUAAUGGAUGUUUCAAUGAUACCUGUUGUCGCAUAGCUACUGAGAAACAGGAUAGAUCGUAUGACAGCAGUUCAUUUGAUGUUGACGAGGAGGAUGAUGAUCUCUGUGAAAAGAUUGCUCGGUUACUUGCUCAGUAGAUAUUGGGUUGCUGUGACCGAUGGUUUACCUCAUCUAUCAUCGAGUUUGGUAUACGUCUGAAUGCAAUGGACACGAGCUUGUUUAAAGUGUUCUGUUCGGUCUUUCCCAAUUUUGUGCAGGGAGUGAGCAUCAGUGUACAUCUUGUAUGCACUCCUUGUGCAGUUUUUGAAGUAAAUACCAGACUUUUCAUUUUAUUGCGUUGUUUCUGGAGCUAUUUAACAGGAUCUAUUGGCCGUGGUUUCCCAUCACAUUCAACUCAUUUU